GUCUUUUCUCUUUUGACCACCGCCUUCUUAUCUCAUCCUCCUACUUUCAACUCUUCACUUUAUUGUGUUUGGGCUCUUUUGCAGAUAGCACUACUCGGACACAUCGAUCGUGCAACAUAACAUAGCCAGCGCAGGAGCACACGGAAACAGGCCAUCACAUUAAACCAUGUCGUGCACGCCCACUCCAACAGGCACGUCGAUCUCGACGUUCACCACCUCCUCGCUCUCCACCUCGUACUCGGCCAGCGUCGCUUCUGCAGCCGGGGGCGUCACCACCAUCCUCCAGCCAACGUGUGUCUUCCCUGGACUGGGCAAUGCGUGUCUGGGUAGCUCGACGAUUACCCAGGUCAGCACUAUCGGAGGCGGCUCCAGCACGGUCUCCGUCCCCGUCGUCGUGACCGUGCCCAUGACGUCCACAUCCACAAUCACGCUCUUCGCCACGGGAUGCACGCCCACGAGCACACCGUCCUCGCCCACCCCGACGCCCUCGCCAAGCGGGAGCACACCAAGCCCGACCCAGCCGAGUUCGACUCCACCGACGAGCAGCAAGGCUCCGGUGACGACAAGCGUGCCUGUGACGAGCACGCCGCCCCCGACGACGCUUGUGCAGCCGACGACGUCGACUGCGCCUGACGGGUCUGUUGUGGCGACUGUUAUUACGAUCACGUCGACGCCCCCGGCGAGCGUGGUGUAUGUCCAGUCGACGGUGCCUGGCUCGCAGCAGACGCUGCAGAGCAAUACCGGCGCCGGCGGUGGGAAUUCGCAUACGGGUGCGAUCGUCGGAGGCGUGGUGGGCGGUGUGGUGGGGUUGAUUGCGAUUGCUGCUGCGUUCUGGUUCUUCUUCCGGCGACGCCCGAACUGGGACGACAUCUUUGAAAAGGAAGCGCUCCGGGACAUGCACGAAGGCGGCGGCAGCGGCGGUAUCGGCGGGGCGCAGCAGCUCCCCUCGCGCGCGCCGUCCUCGCUCGCGGGGUACUACUCAGGCUCGGAACCCGCGACACAGCCGAACCCGUACCAAUACGGUCUCGUCGGGCAGAUGGCGCCCCCGCCCCCCGGCGCGACGGGCCCGUCGCCGCCUGCGACGCCGCGCCCGGGGAUGUUCAAUCUCCCUGUGACGACGCCGUCUUCUUACGGCGGCGGGGGAGAGCACUCGCGUGCGGGGUCGGUGCUGUCGACGUCGACGGCGCCGUUGUUGCAGUAUGGUGCUAGUCCUGGGAUGGCGCCGUCGGCGUAUUCGGGGUCGACGAUGACGCCGGUGGUGUCUAUGGUUACGGGUGGGUCGACGGGGUCUGCUGGGGGCAACGGGAUGGGGAUGGGGGUGGGUGUGGGGGCGGGUGUGGGGGCGGUGAACCGGAAUGUGAGCGCGAACAGUGCGAGUGCGUAUAGCGCCUCGUCGGCGCCGCAUGCGAAUGGGCCGCCGGGGAAUGUGUUUGUGGAGCAGUAUCAGCAGCAGUAUCAGCAACACCAACAACAGCAGCAGCAACAGUAUCAGCAGCGGCAGCGCACACCGAGCCCCGGGCCUGCCAUGGGCAUGGGCAUGAACCAGUCAAUGUCGCUCGCGAACUGGACGCCGUCGACGGGCGGCGGGCUCGAUACGACGUUUGACGGGUAUGCAGCGUCGACUUCGGGGCACGGGCAUGAACACGAGUCCGCUGCGCAGCUUGAGGGACGCUCGGGGAGCCCGGAGCCUGAGCCGCUGGAGCAGCGGCGGAGGCUGCAGGUUAUGAAUGCGGAGGCGGAGGAUAGUGGGUUGCUGUAAACCUGCCCUUCCUUGCCUUGCCCUCGCUCUUGCUCGCCUCGCGUCUGAGAUGCCUCGCCGACGAUUUAAAGACGUUGUAUGGACUUUGUUCUUGUUUCUGAUCCUGUUUCUGUUCGGGUUCGGGUUCCUGGUUUCAUUUCCUUUUAGUUUCGGGUCGAUGCUGAGAUGGACUACUGGACUUGGACUGGGCGCGUACGUAUCCACGACCAUUACCCAUGGCUUCAGCAGCACGGACUUUUAGAACGCAAGAACGCAUACUGCACUGUCAUUAUCACUGUACCUAUUCUGCAAAACUACCUCCCUACGUACCUAGCCAUCUUCCCGAGUAUACGUUGCCGUUACGUCGUUUUCAUGCCUUCCCCACCCCUUCUUCCUUCGCGCUUAUUCCUUCCUUCCCUUUUCCCUUUUUUUCCGGUCAAUUUGGCCGUUUUUACCGUUUCUUCUUCGUACAGUACGUAGGAGAAGAGCGGGACAUUCAUCGUAUCAUAUCAUACUAUAUCAACGUUGAACCUAGUCUUUCGUUAUACGCGUGGUUUCUCUUUUUGCGUGCGUGCGUACAUGCAAGUUUAGGAUGUCUAUAUGCUUGGGUAGUAAUUAUAAGUGUGGCGUUUAGAUU